GACUAUGUGUGUUUGCCCUUGAAACCACCACACAAACACAGACACACACACACACAAACACACACAGACACACACACACAAUUUGUGUGUGUGUGUGUGUGCUGGUGAAAGGCGCGAGGAUCUCAGUGCUGUUUCUCUCCGUCUCACUCUCACCUGUUCCGCACACUGAGCUCACCGAGGCAACAAGCGUUCUGCUCAUCUCUGUGAUCGCUGCUCGGCGUGUGAUAAAGAAAACAGAAAGAAAGAAAGAAAGAAAGAAAGAAAGAAAGAGGGAGAGGAAGAAGAAAAGAGAAGAAAAACAUUCCCCACCCCUCUGCUCUCUGAGGCUGUUGUUGAUCGGAUCACAUCAGACUGUGAGCUCACACUCUGAGAGGAGAGACGUGAAUUAAGAGCGAGCGUCUGGCUGCACUUCGUUCUUUUGUUUGUCAUUAGAGCUCCGGUGAGGAAGAAAAGAAGAUAAGAAAAGAAGGAAGAAAGCCUUUCCUGCUCUGUGUUGUGAGUUCUGUGGGUUCUGUGGAUGAGAUUGGAGUGAGACCUUGCACACCGAGAGGGUCUGUGAGGAGAGUCAGGGGUUUGUUCUGUAAGUUGUUAGAUCUCCGCUCACUCUGCGUCGGGGAAACAAAAGGAGGAGGAAGAACGAGUGCCUUCACACAGACGGAGCUUUCACACGGUGAGAGUGGAGUGUCGAGUCAUGGGCAUGUGUCACCUGCACAGGCGAGGAUGGGCAAACUCGAGGACGACCACGAGAGGAUAAUCCUCAACGUCGGGGGCACGAGGCACGAGACGUACCGCACCACGCUCCGGACGCUGCCGGGUACACGCCUCGCCCUGCUCGCCUCAAUUCCGACUUCCUCUCUCUGUGGUUCUGGUUCUGGAUCGGACGCAGAGUCCGCACUGCUGGACCACCACCAUCACCAUCAUCAUCAUCAUCAUCAUCAUCAUCAUGAGCAUGAUCAACAGGUGCGGAUUGGUAACGAGUACUUUUUCGACCGUCACCCAGGUGUGUUUGCGUACGUGCUGAAUUACUACCGCACGGGGAAGCUGCACUGCCCUGCCGACGUUUGCGGCCCGCUGUUCGAGGAGGAGCUCGCCUUCUGGGGCAUUGACGAGACGGACGUGGAGCCGUGCUGCUGGAUGACCUACCGCCAACACAGAGAUGCCGAGGAGGCACUGGACGUCUUCGACAUGAACGUGAUGGACAGCGGGAUGGGGAACGACGAGGACGAGGAGAAUGAUAACGAGGAGGACAAGCGUGAGGUGGGGAAGAGGAUGAGGGUUGGAGAGGCAGAGCACACCAGGGGCACGAGUCUGAGCCGCUGGAGGAAGUGGCAACCCGUCAUCUGGAACCUGUUCGAGGAUCCGUACUCGUCUCGGGCCGCUCGGUUUGUGGCUUUCGCCUCUUUGUUCUUCAUCAUGGUUUCCAUCACCACCUUCUGCCUGGAGACACAUGAAGCCUUCAACACCAUCAUCAACAAGACGGAUGCUUUAAGGAAUGAGAGUGUACUCGACCUGGUGCCUCAGUAUGAGAUCGAGACGGAUCCAGCGCUCACAUAUGUGGAGGGUGUCUGCGUCCUCUGGUUCACCUUCGAGUUCCUGGUGCGAGUGACGUUCAGUCCUGAUAAACUGGAAUUUGUCAAGAGUGUACUGAACAUCAUCGACUUUGUAGCCAUCUUACCAUUUUAUCUUGAAGUUGGACUGAGUGGUUUGUCAUCCAAAGCGGCGAAAGACGUCCUGGGGUUCCUUCGGGUGGUCCGCUUCGUGCGUAUUCUCAGGAUCUUCAAGUUGACUCGUCACUUUGUCGGACUGAGGGUUCUUGGACACACACUGCGUGCCAGUGUAAAUGAAUUCUUCCUUCUCAUCAUCUUCCUCGCACUAGGUGUCCUUAUCUUUGCCACCAUGAUCUACUACGCAGAGCGGAUCGGCGCUAAUCCCAAUGAUCCGACCGCCAGCGACCACACCAUGUUCAAAAACAUUCCCAUCGGAUUCUGGUGGGCCGUGGUCACCAUGACUACUCUAGGGUAUGGCGACAUGUACCCUCAGACGUGGUCAGGCAUGCUGGUAGGAGCGCUGUGUGCACUAGCAGGCGUGCUAACGAUAGCAAUGCCCGUUCCAGUGAUCGUCAAUAACUUUGGCAUGUAUUACUCACUAGCCAUGGCUAAGCAGAAGCUACCGAAAAAAAGGAAGAAGCACAUUCCACAGGCGGUGCAAACUGCAUCCCCGUCCUUCUGCAGGACUGAUCUGAGUUCAGCCUGCAACAGCAACCCUGUCGAUCUGCGUUUGGGACAGAGCCGAGGGCUCGAGUGCCACCGAUCUGACCUCAGUGCAGGAAGUGACAUCACAACAACUCCAGAGGAGCGAGUGUCCAUACAGGAUCGACACAGUGGAGGAACUUGCUUCCUAUUGGCUGCCAGUGAUUACAGCUGCACUGCUGACUCCGCCCUCCGCAAAUCAGCUGCGACUAAACCUCUGGCUGAAAUACAACUGAUAUCAGCCAAAAGUGGAGAGGGCGGGGCCAAUACAGACUCAGACGGAUUCGACGAUUUGGAUUGGACGGUUUGGAACAGAAUAACUCUGUGAUUGGACGGUCUGGAUUAGCAUAUCUCUGUUUGGACGGUGUGGAGCAGAAUGACUCUGAUUGGACACUGUAUUGGACUGUCUGGAUUAGAAAAAACCUCUGGGAAUAGUACAAUCCUCUGAUUGGACAAUCUGGACCAGAACAACUCUGUGAUUGGAUGCUGGAUUGGACAGUCCGGAAUUGUGUGUUGAUAUGGAACAUGACUGUGAUUGGACAGUCUGGAUUUGCAUAUUUCUGACUGGACAUUCUGGAUUAGCAUAUAUUUUUAAUUGGACAGUAUGGAUUACCACAUCUCUGUGAUUGGACAGUAAGGAUUAGUAUAUAUUUUUGAUUGGACAGUAUGGAUUACCACAUCUCUGUGAUUGGACAGUAUGUAUUAGCACAUAUCUGUGACUGGACAGUGACUGGAUUAGCACAUCUCUGAUUGGACAGUACGUAUUAGCACAUCUCUGUGACUGGACAGUGACUGGAUUGGACAGUAUGAAUUAGCAUAUCUCUGCUUGGACAGUAUGGAUUAGGACACGUCUCUGAUUGGACAUUACGGAUUAGCACAUCUCUGUGAUUGGACAGUAUGGAUUAGCACAUCUCUGUGAUUGGACAGUAUGGAUUAGCACAGCUCUGUGAUUGGACAGUACGGAUUAGCACAGCUCUGUGAUUGGACAGUAUGGAUUAGCACAUCUCUGUGAUUGGACAGUAAGGAUUAGCACAUGUCUGUGAUUGGACAGUAUGGAUUAGCACAUGUCUGUGAUUGGACAGUAAGGAUUAGCACAUGUCUGUGAUUGGACAGCAUUACGGAUUAGCACAUGUCUGUGAUUGGACAGUAUGGAUUAGCACAUGUCUGUGAUUGGACAUAAGGAUUAGCACAUCUCUGUGAUUGGACAGUACGGAUUAGCACAUCUCUGUGAUUGGACAGUACGGAUUAGCACAGCUCUGUGAUUGGACAGUACGGAUUAGCACAGCUCUGUGAUUGGACAGUACGGAUUAGCACAGCUCUGUGAUUGGACAGUAUGGAUUAGCACAUCUCUGUGAUUGGACAGUAAGGAUUAGCACAUGUCUGUGAUUGGACAGUAUGGAUUAGCACAGCUCUGUGAUUGGACAGUAUGGAUUAGCACAUCUCUGUGAUUGGACAGUAUGGAUUAGCACAUCUCUGUGAUUGGACAGUAUGGAUUAGCACAUCUCUGUGAUUGGACAGUAUGGAUUAGCACAUCUCUGUGAUUGGACAGUACGGAUUAGCACAGCUCUGUGAUUGGACAAUACGGUUUAGCACAGCUCUGUGAUUGGACAGUAAGGAUUAGCACAUCUCUGUGAUUGGACAAUAUGGAUUAGCACAGCUCUGUGAUUGGACAGUAAGGAUUAGCACAGCUCUGUGAUUGGACAAUAUGGAUUAGCACAGCUCUGUAAUUGGACAGUAAGGAUUAGCACAGCUCUGUGAUUGGACAGUAUGGAUUAGCACAGCUCUGUGAUUGGACAGUACAGAUUAGCACAGCUCUGUGAUUGGACGGUAAGGAUUAGCACAGCUCUGUGAUUGGACAGUAAGGAUUAGCACAGCUCUGUGAUUGGACAGUAAGGAUUAGCACAGCUCUGUGAUUGGACAGUAAGGAUUAGCAUCACCUCCUGAAGCAGCUUCACGGUUAAACACUGUAUGUGUGCAGAGGAACAUAAACACAUAACUGCCCCAUAAUACCCCUGUUUCUGUCUCCACCCCAAAAGCCCAUAAGCCCCCGCUGUUCCCUAAAGCCCCUGUUGUUUAUCUGCUCCCUCCCAAAAGUACUUUAAGUUUCAUGUUCCCUUUCCCCAAUGACUCUUCAAAUGCCCCUGCUGCAUUUCUGCCCCACCUAACUACCCCUGUUGUCACCCCAAAUGCCUCCCCCCUCCCCUCAUAUGCCCCUGCUCCCUUGCUGACCCACAAAUUCCCCCUAAAUUGCCCCUUAAAGUUUAAAUACUGCAUCUGUACAAAGGAACACAUUACCAUAUAACACAUAACUACCCCACUGCCACCAAUAAUACCCCCACGUAAAUGCCCCCCACCCAGAGUAGGUGUGUGUAUACGCCGUGUGUGUAAAUUGGAGUGUUAGUGUGUUACAGAGUAGAAACAUUAAAUGUUAAUAAAUGUGACCUGAGAUCUGAAAUAUA